AUGAAUUCGCUUUUGGUUACUACCACAACUGAAAAACAGGUCGAUGCCGCAAUUGUUUGGGAUCCUUUAGGGGGAAACCCAGUCGCUAGUUUAUCUGGUGAUAUGGCUUCGAAAUCGUCUAUCACCGGGUACUUCGGAGGUGUGGCUUGUGCAGCUGCCAGGAAACCUAUUAUACAGACUUGGAAUUUUAAUAGUGCUACCUCAGCGCACAAAAAUAUUUUGACGAAAGGAUUAGUUAGUGCUUUUGUUUUCACUCCCGAUGGAAAUUAUAUUAUCGUUGCAUUUGAUAGGGAAAUUUAUGUAUACCAGACUGUGAGUGGAUGCCUUAUGGGUGUUUUAGAAGGAUCCCAUUCUGCAAGAAUAUGUGAAAUGAAACUGUCCAAAUGGAAUUCAAACGGGCCAGCGUUUCUUGUUUCCGCUGAUAUAUCUGGGUUUCUAGCUUGUUGGUCCUUGGGGAGUCUUAUCAACGGACUAAACAUGAUGAAUACACAGAGUGCUACUGAAGUUGAGUCUCAUCAAAUGCCAAUCUAUCAAGUGCCAAACAUCUUCCGCUCUGUUAUGGAUGAUAUAGUUGUCGUGGGUGGAUCACAAGGUCUGAAGAUAUAUGCUUUGUAUGAUGGUUGUGUUCUUGGAUCAUUACUCACAAACGUUUCUGGUGGGCUGUUAAGUCUUUGUCCUUCACCUGACAACAAUGGAAAUCUAUUUUGUGGUGGGAAUGAUGGUUUACUAUACACUGCUUUUAUACAAUCUCAAAGGGGUUGCUAUUCUGCAGAUAAGGAAAUACAUCAUUGUUUCUCUGACUCCAAUUUUUCAGCUUCACAAAAAGCAAUAAUUAUGAUGGCGAUGGAUCCGAAUUGUGAAAUGUUAGUGGUAGGUGCGCGCUUUGGGCUAAUUGAAAUACUAAGACCUGACUCGUUACUCACUUGCGUACAGCGGUUCUCAGUGUUUAAUCCGUCCAUAACCAACGAUUCAACAAAUACUUGUUUGACAGGUUUAUGUUUAAUACCUCGCCCUGAUUGGUUAUCUAAUACCGUUGGAAUAGAAUCAGUUGAUGCUAAAACUUCAUCCAAUUCCGAUCAUUAUACAGAUCAAAAUGGAGGUUUGAACUCUUCUAAUCCUCGGACAUGUUUUAUUGAACCAUUCAAAUCCCACUUUGGUUGGAGGCUUGAUGAUACAGUGUGUGUCCGCAUACCUGAAUUAGCAGAGAAGUCGAAUUUUUCAUCAGAAGAAGCAAGUAUCUUUAUGGAUGAUUUUUACCCUGUUUCAGGUAUGAGCCAAAUAAAACUUGACAGUUUGGGAAGUGAAGAGCAUAAAGUUUUAAGACAAGAAAUUGAUCGCGUUACUGCAUCCAAUCGCGAGCUACUUCGAAGACUUAUCAAUUUUGAAUUGAGAUCGUCAGUGUGA